ACACAAGCGGACGCUACAUAUAACAGGUGACAGGACAACAACUUUUCAUCUACAAGCAUGAGGGUCAUCGAUUUGGGUCCAGACCCAUCUCUGGCUUAUCGGCCAAAUUUGACAUCUGAAACAAAAAAGGAAGAAGACUAUAGAAACUUUGAGAAGGGGAGUGUCGCCCAGCAUGUGUACAACACAUACAAACUGAUGCACACCAACCAGAACGUGGACUUUGUCAAGCAAAAGCACUUAGAAUGGAGCGGGUGCAACCACGCUGAGAUGACCAUGAUGGACGCCAUCAUGUCUCUGGACAAGCUGGUGGACGAGUCGGAUCCAGAUGUGGACUUCCCAAACUCCUUCCACGCCUUCCAGACGGCAGAGGGCAUUCGCAAAGAGCACCCAGACAAAGACUGGUUCCAGCUAGUGGGUCUCAUUCACGAUGUUGGGAAGGUCAUGGCACUGUGGGGUGAACCUCAGUGGGCGGUGGUGGGUGACACAUUCCCCGUGGGCUGUGCAUUUCAAAGCUCCAUCGUGUUCCGAGACAGCACCUUCAUGGAGAACCCGGAUGAUACAAAUCCCAGCUACAACUGUAAAUAUGGAAUCUACCAAAAAAACUGUGGGCUGGACAACGUCCUGAUGUCAUGGGGUAAUGAUGAGUACCUUUACCGCGUUCUCCAGUUCAACAAGUGUCCCCUCCCCAAGGAGGGCCUGAACAUGAUCCGCUACCAUUCCUUCUAUCCCUGGCACUCCCAAGGCGACUACAUGUACCUGUGUGACGACAAUGACCUGCAAAUGCUGCCUUGGGUGAAGGCGUUUAACAAAUUCGAUCUCUACACAAAAGUGGAGGAACUGCCUGACGUGGAGAAGCUGCGUGUUUACUACCAGUCGCUGGUUGACAAAUACUGUCCAGGAAUACUAAAAUGGUGAAACAGUAAAGCCAAAAUUAUUCAUUCACCACCAAAAAGAGCAUGAUUUCCUUAAAUCCAUGCUAAUUUCCAGUAUGCAUAUAUUCAAUAUUCUGUAAAUUUUUAGUUGGUUUUUGUUGUUGUUGUUUUUUUUGUUUUUUAAGAUAUAUAUGAACAUGUUGGACAAAAGUGACUUUCAGAACAAUCAUUUAUUGUUUUUCCAAUGUUAUUUAAAAAUGUUUUGUGGAAAAGGCACAUUUGUGUGUGUAAUACAAAGUGUUGACAAAUUAAAUCAAAAAUAGAAAAGUAACAUAUUAAGUUGUCAUGCUGAAAAUUGAGUGGUUUGCCAUGAUGAUUAAAUUAUCCAACGUGACAUUCAUAUGAACAUGUACAACAUGCGAGCCCAAACAGGAAGUACAAAUAUAUACACAGACAUACCUCUUUGCUCAUUUUGGUAACAUUAGUCCUUUCUCACUGUCCUUUUUUUUCGGCACCUUCCGCAUCCUCAUCUACUACAUCAUUGGUGACAUCCUCCUCAUCUUUCUUAUCACCCUCCUCCACUUCUCCCUCCUUUACAUCUUCUUCACCCUCAUGAUCCUCAUCUUUCUCAUGUUUAUCAAUAUCCUCAUCAUCUGUCCUUUUUGCAUCUGGCAGAGCGUCUUUUUGAUCAGAAAUGUCCAUUAAGUGUUUUUGUCUUCUGGGCAAUGCCAGCAGCAAGCACAAGGUGGCGCUGCACCCGAUCAGGGUCCAGAUAAGCACAGGAGCGGGGACGCCCGUGACCUGGGCACGCACCCACCUCACUGCAUGGGCCACGGCUGAAUUGGGCUGCCGGCGUGGAGCUGACUUGUCCUAGGUAGAUGUCAAAUGAUAAUGCUCAAUUUGGAUUUAAACACAACUUUACCUUGAUGUACUGAACUAUUUGGCUGUCGUUGGCAUCUAGCAUCAUCAGUGGAACUGUAACUGCAUAUUCAGCACUGUAUUGUACAAAAAAAACACCUUAAGACAAUGUAAAAUAACAGCUUUUAUGAAGUACCUUGAGUCCAUGUUGUUCCAGCAUACUCUCAAGGAACGGGUGGCCCAGAUGAACUAGAGGAUAAAAUUCUUCAUUGUAGACCCUCCUCCACCAGCGUUGUGGAUAGGAUCUGUACACAGAUGCAAGUGUAUGAUUU